AUGCAUUUGGAACUGGCUGAAGAUCUCUCUGCUUCUUCAUUUCUAGCUGUUCUGCGCUGUUUCAUGGCCCGACAAGGAAAAUGUGCCAAAAUCUACAGUGACAACGGCACAAAUUUUGUGGGAACUCAAAGGGAACUCGUAUCAAUGAUGAGAAGAGCUAGUGAUCAAGUUGCAAAGGAAGGUAUCGAAUGGCACUUCAAUCUUCCCUCAGCGCCAAAUUUUGGAGGUCUGUGGGAGAGUGCAGUAAAGAGCACCAAAAAUCACUUAAAACGAGUAAUGGGAGAGCACAAGCUUACGAGCACAGAGUUACGGACCCUCCUUUGUCAAAUAGAAGCUUGCUUAAACUCAAGACUGAUUACGCCGCUUAGCAGUGACCCGUCCGAGAUUGAAGCUUUAACACCGGCUCACUUUCUAAUUGGAGGACCAUUGAUGAUUCCAGAUGAACCAGACAGCUCUGGGGAACCGACAAGUGGCCUUAAGCGUUGGAAGUUGGUUCAGAACCUCAUGCAAACCUUUUGGAAUAUAUAG